GUGGGUGGUGGUGGGUCCUGAGUGGGCCACAGGAAGGAGGAAUGAAGGGAGAACCUAGUUGUGGGCGCGGGGGCCCAGGACGCGGUGUUCGUGUUCCCACGUGCGUCUGUACUCGGAGUGGCGGCUGGGUUGUAAUCACAUAGACCGUGAUAGCGUUCCGCUCCUGCUCUAGGCCUCCUCUGCCGUAAAGAGAGCAGCUCUUCCUACCUCCUCCAACUAGUCACUGUAGUGACUUCACGUCUCAGAACCUCCCUUUUCUGUAAGUUGCGCCCAGUUAUAACAGCAGCAAACCCUGUGUGCCGGGCCCUCUAAACGCAUGUGUGCAGCUCUCCUGAUUGGACUGAGGAUGGUCGGGAGGCUAAACGCUUAGAAAAGACGUGAGCUGGAGGGCCUGAUUGCCCCACACAGAGCAGUGAUUCCAGUACAGUAUUCUCUGAGGGGGUGUGUGCAGAGGGAGCACAGGGAAGGAAGUAAUGCCCUCUUUGGAACGUGUUGGAGAAGGAGUAAGUGGACCUUGAAGGGUGAGUUGGAGUCACUGGGUGUUGGUGGAGGUUGCCCUAUUCUGGGAAUGAUGAACAGUUCGGAGCAUUUUAGGGAAACGGUAGGGAAAAGACAUGUUGGUCUCAAAAUAUGAAAAGCUUUGAUGCCAUUCUGAACAAACUAUAGUGGGGAUCCUUUCUUCCUUCACUGCACUGUUCUCUGAACUGUACUCAGUCACAUGCCUCCCAGCCUUUUCAUAUUUGUACCGUGCACAGGGGUAAAUGAGGAGACUGCCUGUGGUAGAAAAGGAGCAGUUAGUGGGUCUGAAGAUGUUAGUGUUCAAAGCUUCGAAGCUGAGCAACAUCGGUAACUUCAGCAUUCUGCUGGGGAGUCUGGCUCCUUGGACUGUGCUGAAAAGUAGAGGUAUUCGCUAACUUUGGUGAUAUAAACCAGCCUUAAAAGCGUUUAUACUUUUGAGUUCCUUCAUUCCAUUCUUGAAGUAUAUCCCAAAUAUAUAACAAAAGAGAAGAAAGCCAUUGUAGCUUAUGUAUAAUAAAGCCAACCACUCUAGGUGGUAGGUGAAUCAUUUUUUUGUGUAGUCCCUCGUGGAAGGUUGAACUUGCAUCAGAAACUUGUGAAUGUCUUGUAAAACCACAAAGAAACAUUCUUAUUCAUUGAGCAGCAUCUAGGACAGCCUACCACCUGCUGAGGAUGUCAUGGUGCUGUGAUCCAGUUCUGGGUGCCAUGGAAGGGUUGCUGACAAGAUGCAGAGUUGGGUCCAGGCUGGCCACCAGUACUCCCCAGCUCUCCAGGUCCUUUCCCCAUAGGUGUCAGCACUGUGCCCCGGCAAGAGGGCAGCGCCUGGUAUUGUCCCGCAUGUUCCAGCCACAGAACCUGCGGGAAGACCAGUUGCUGUCCCUGGAGGGCAGGCCUGGCAGUCUGACGUGUAAGAGCCAGCGGUUGAUGUUGCUGGGAGGCCUGAUCCUCCCGGCAAGCCCAGGCUGUUACCACCUCCUGCCCUACACAGUCCGCGCCAUGGAGAAGCUGGUACGGGUGAUAGACCAGGAGAUGCAGGCCAUUGGGGGCCAGAAAAUCGACAUGCCCAACCUCAGCCCAGCAGAGCUCUGGCAAGCCACCAGCCGCUGGCAGUUGAUGGGCAAGGAGCUCCUGAGGCUUAGAGACAGGCAUGGCAAAGAAUACUGCUUAGGACCAACUCACGAGGAAGCUGUUACGGCCCUGGUCGCCUCCCAGAAGAAUCUGUCCUAUAAGCAGCUUCCAUUCCUGCUGUACCAGGUGACAAGGAAGUUUCGGGAUGAGCCCAGGCCCCGCUUUGGUCUUCUCCGUGGCCGCGAGUUUUACAUGAAGGAUAUGUACACCUUCGACUCCUCCCCAGAGGCUGCCCGGCAGACCUACAGCCUGGUAUGCGAUGCCUACUGCAGCCUCUUUAACAGGUUAGGGCUGCGAUUCAUCAAGGCUCAGGCAGAUGUGGGCAGCAUCGGGGGCACCAUGUCUCAUGAGUUCCAGCUGCCAGUGGAUGUUGGAGAGGACCGGCUUGUCAUCUGUCCCAGCUGCAGUUUCUCGGCCAACAAGGAGACUCUAGACUCGUCGCAAACAAACUGCCCUGCCUGCCAGGGCCUUCUGACUGAAACCAAAGGCAUUGAGGUGGGGCACACAUUCUACCUGGGUACCAGGUACUCCUCCAUUUUCAAUGCCCAGUUUGUCAAUUCCCACGGCGAACUAUCCCUGGCUGAAAUGGGGUGCUAUGGCCUCGGUGUGACACGGAUCUUGGCCGCUGCCAUUGAAGUUCUCUCUACAGAAGACUGCAUCCGCUGGCCCAGACUUCUUGCCCCUUACCAAGUCUGCCUCAUCCCUCCUAAGAAGGGCAGCAAGGAAACAGCGGCCACAGAGCUCGUAGAGCACCUGCACGACCACAUCAUAGAAAGUGUGCCUCAGCUCCAAGGGGAGAUCCUGCUGGACGAUCGGACCCAUCUGACCAUUGGAAACAGACUGAAAGAUGCCAACAAAUUUGGCUACCCCUUUGUGAUAGUCGCUGGCAAGCGGGCCCUGGAGGACCCUGCACAUUUUGAGGUUUGGUGCCAGAACACUGGUGAGGCAGUCUUCCUCACUAAAGAAGGAGUCAUGGAGCUGCUGGCCCAAGUGCAGUGUGUAGCUGCAGGCCAGCGGCUCCAGCUCUGCUUGGCUCUGUUCUCCAGACUGGCACCCAAGCUGAGGGGACUGCCCUGCGUGGAAGAUGGGAUCUCACGACGGAGAAGAUGCACCGCUCUUCACACUUGUGGCAGUGCUCCUGUCUCUCUGCACGGGUCGCAGGAGGGAUGUGCUCUUCUGGAAAUGGGGUGGGUACAGAGGGAAGGCAUACAGCUACAGGUAAGAAUAUCCAAGAUCCUCUCAGAAAUGGGGCACAAAUACAUCCUAUGACAGUGACCGACAUGCAAAAAGA